UUUGUCUGAAGCCCAAUUACAGCAGCCAUCCUCACUAUUAACCCCAAACCCCAAUAUGCCAACACAGACACAAAUUCAUAUAUAUUCCAAGAAAAUAUAUAAGCAUACAUUCCAAGAAAGUAUCAUUUUCAGAAAGGAGUAGAGCGAAACCAAUUCCCAUUUGUAGGGUUCUCUUCAAGCUUAAUUUGAAAAAAAAAAAAAAAAAACAACUCCAGACCCAGCUUCCCAUUAUUGAAAAAGAGAAAAAAAUCGACAAAAUCUUAUCUACAAAGAAGAGACCCGAAUGCUGGUUCGAUUAUGAAGUUGAAUCCGACGAUCAAGGUUUGAAUUGAAGAUCUUCGCAUUGAUACUAUAUAGGAAAUGAGGGAAUAUUUUUAGAGAAAAAGAAAAAUGAAGUCAGACACUCCUCUGGAUUAUGCUCUCUUCCUGCUUUCACCUAGACGAUCGCGAUGUGAAUUAUUUGUUUCCAGCAAUGGAAACACUGAGAAAUUAGCAGCGGGACUGGUUAAACCAUUUGUAGCACAUUUAAAGGCUGUGGAGGAACAAGUUGCAUCUGACGCUCAAUCAGUGAAGCUUGAAGCGGGAAGGCAAAAGAGUUCGGAAAUAUGGUUCACGAAGGGAACACUUGAGAGGUUUGUUCGGUUUGUAAGUACACCUGAUGUUUUGGAACUGGUCAAUACCUAUGAUGCUGAGACGUCUCAGUUAGAAGCAGCCCGAAAAAUAUAUGCGGAGGACAGAGGUGAUCAGCUUUCUGGUAUGCGCUUGUGUAUUUUUAAUUGGUUUAUUUAUCUAACUUCUGCCACCAAAGAUUCUCUCUCUUUUUCUUUCCUUCCCAAUCUGAGAGUUGAUUCUUGUUUUCUGUGGUCUCAACAAUAUAGGAAGGAAUUACUCAGAGCUAUUGAUGUACGGCUUGUCACAGCUCAACAGGACUUAACAUCGGCUUGUGCUCGUGCCGCCGCUGCAGGUUUCAAUGGUGACACAGUCUCUGAACUUCAAAUGUUUGCAGAAUUUUUUGGUGGCCAUCGCAUAAAUGAAGCCUGCAGCAAAUAUAUAUCUUUGAGCGAGAGGCGGGCAGAUUUAAUCAGUCCAUGGAGGUCUGGAACCCAGGAUGGGGCUGUCCGAUCUUCAUAUGGGUCAGACAUGUCCAUUGAUGAGGAUCCCUCCCUCCCUCAGCCCACAGGGCCCCUUUCGGCCAAGAUCCAACAUCAGGAAGAUACCUCCACGUGUGAGCAGCCCAAGCCACCUUCUCUAUCCUUCCCAGUACAACCCACUUUCAGCAGAGAAUCCAGCAGUGAAAGAGAUGACUCAAACAAACAAAAUGAUGGUGUUGUUGAAAAAGAAAUGAAGAAAGAGGAGAGUUCAAGUGCUGAUCAGACUGAAUUGACUCGCACAAGUCAUCAUGUGAGGCGACUCAGCGUGCAGGACCGCAUAAGCCUGUUCGAGAACAAACAAAAGGAGACUUUGGGGAGUGGUGGGAAACCUGUGGUCCGGAAAUCGGUGGAGCUUCGGAGGCUGUCGUCUGAUGUGUCAUCUGCCCCAGCUGCUGUAGAGAAAGCUGUGUUGAGGAGAUGGAGUGGCGCCAGUGACAUGAGCAUUGACUUAAGUGCUGAAAAGAAGGAUACUGAGAGCCCACUGUGCACUCCAUCCUAUGCUUCGGGGUUGCUUUCCAAGUCUGAUGAGAAAAAAGCUUUGAAUUUGAAUGAUACAAUCGCAAGUUCUGUUAAGCUGGAGUCAAGAAUUAUUCCAGGGGUGGCUUCGGGUCGGGUCCUUGAUUGCAGAUUGAAAGAUGCGUCUUCUUUUAGUAGUUUGAAUGAUGGUUCUGAAUCUAAUAUGUCAAAUUCUAUUUUUAGUACUAUGGAAUUUAAUGGUUCUAUGGAUCAAAUGCAUGAGAAGUCUCAGUCAAGGUCAUUUAUUGUGAAGGCUGAUGAUCGACAAAAUUCUGAAGAGGAGUUCAGGUCUUUCCCUGAGAGUAAAGAAGAGGUUCUGAUAGGGUUCAGGCAUCAAGGAAAGUUGAAGGGUGGUGAAGAGCUUGGUGGGGUAAAAGGGAGAGUGGCUUCUGAGACACAGGUUACUGAAGAGAAGGAUCAGGGUGCUCUUCAGACACAGAUUCGGACUUUUGGAAUCAAAGGUGAUCGGCAGGUUGAAAUUUCAAAUUGGAAGGAACAAGAUGAAUUGAGAGACCAGCUUGUUACACAGUCAUGUUCAAAGUCUCCUCAGAAAACAGUGGGAGACUCUGGGCAGUUUGAAGGCCCUGUUGGAUCAAGAAUUAGAGAAGCUUUUGCUGCUCAUUAUAAAGGGGCUGAAAGAGGUUCCUUGUCUUCUCAGUCCAGUAAAAGAUCUGCGGGGGACUUAGGGGAAGCUGGAAAGAAAGAAUCGAUUUUGUUUGAGAAAAUAUCUGGUAUUUCUGCAUCAAAGGUUACCAGUAAAAAAUCUGCGGGGGACUCUGAGGAAGCUGGAAAGAAAGAGUCAAUUUCAUCUGAGAAAAUAUCUGGUAGUUCUGCAUCAAAGGUUGAAGAUUCUGGACUUCAGAAAUUGAAGUUUCAGAGACUAGUUUCGGCACCUGAACAGAUGAACAAGUCACUACUUCGGAGAGACAAAAGCAAUUUUGUUUAUGGAAAUAGUAGAACACCAUUCUCUGGUAAAUUGAUGACGGAGGCUCAGGAUGGUUCUGAUUUAUUUUUAAACCCAACUUCAGAACAAACGCAAAGGGUGAGGCUUUCAAAAGGAAACCCGGAGCUGAAUGAUGAGUUAAAAAUUAAAGCAAAUGAGCUUGAGAAGCUCUUUGCUGAGCUACAACUUCCUGGAGAUCAAUCCAAUUCUGCCCAUAGAGACAGGUCAGCUGAUGUGCAAGGUGAGUCAGCAGUUAGUUUGUCCUACACAAAACCAGUUGCAGAUAUCACUCCUCCUCGACUAUCUGAUAAUUACCUGUCAAGUGAAAUUACAGGGAGCGCUAAAAACAUGACCAAGCUCGGUGCUGCUCCGCUGAUGACAAUGGUUGAUAAUCAAAAGUAUGGCGAUGCUGAGCUUAGUUUUUCAGAAGGCUCUCGAGGGAAAUUGUAUGACAUGUAUGUGCUGAAAAGGGAUGCAAAACUAAGGGAAGAAUGGGGUUCCAACAGAGCUGAGAAAGAAGCUGAGCUGAAAACUAUGCGGGAUAGGUUUGAGCGGAGUGCGGCAGAGAUGAAGGCCAAAUUUUCAGGGUCUGCAGAUAGACAGGAUUCAGUAUCCAGUGCUCACCGACGAGCCGAUAGACUCAGAUCAUUUAGUACCCGGUCAAUUAUCAAAAGGGAGCAGAAACAAAUAGAUUCUGGGAAUAGUGAAGAUGAUGAAGAUGCAUCAGAAUUUGAAGAGCAGGAACAUCUUCGUGAAGAUAGCACUUUGGGCGAGAACUCUCUUGGAGAUGGUGUAUCCAGGAGUGCACCUGGUAAGAAGCUACCUGCUAAAAGUUCAUCCACAUCUAUGCCUCGUACCUCAGCAGCCCCUGCCCCACGAUCUGCUGCCAAAGCUUCCAUUCUCAGUUCUGGGAAGCGUAGAAUGCAAUCUGAAAAUCCACUCGUGCAGUCUGUCCCAAACUUCUUUGACAUGAGGAGAGAAAAUACCAAGCCUUCUUCAGCAGCCAGUAAGACAACUCGACCACAACUAAGAAACUAUGCCCGCAGCAAGAGCACUAGUGAAGAAGCACCAAUUGUCGAGAGAUCACGCCGAUCACAGUCACUGAGGAAGAACUAUGCAAAUCUCAGUGAGUUUAGGGAGAUAUCUCCUGCGGACUCGGGAGAUGCUGUUUUGACACCACUAAAAUUUGACAAGGAAGUUGUGAAGAGUGUUGAGACCAAGCCUUUUCUCAAAAUUGGUAGUCCUUCAGACAUUGUUGCUACAUCUAGUAUUACAAAGAACACCUCUAUGACCCCCGAGCUCCUAAAUAAUGAAGAGGAAUAUAAUGACUUGGCCUCUGGGCCAGAAGAAAUGGGGAAUACAGUAAAAGGUGAAGAGGAAGAGUUUGACACCAUGAGCCCUAAAGGUCAUAAGGACUUGGACAGUGGAAAACCAAGACUGAGACUGGAAUCAGAGAAGUUGGAAAAUUCAGGAUCAGAAAAUGGUGAUGCUAUAAGAUCAUUUUCUCAAGUGGACCAGGCUUUGGGUGCUGAAUUGCCUUCUAUGGUGCAAGAUUGGCCAGCAGAAAGUCCUUUGUCAUGGAACUCUCGCACUCAACACCCCUUUUCUUAUCCUCAUGAGAUCUCAGAUGUCGAUGCCUUUGUUGACUCCCCAGUAGGUAGUCCUGCCUCAUGGAACUCACAUUCUCUGAGCCAAAUAGAGACUGAUGCAGCUCGAAUGAGGAAGAAAUGGGGAACGGCUCAGAAGCCGAUGUGGGCAGCUCAUUCUUCCAAUAAUAUAUCGCGCAAGGAUAUGACUAAAGGAUUUAAACGGUUGUUGAAGUUUGGGAGGAAAAGUCGUGGCUCAGAGAAUUUGGUUGAUUGGAUCUCUGCAACCACGUCUGAAGGAGAUGAUGAUACAGAGGAUGGACGUGAUCCUUCCAACAGGUCAUCGGAAGAUCUGAGGAAGUCAAGAAUGGGAUUUACUCAAGGGCAAACUUCCAAUGAUAGCUUCACAGAAAGCGAGUUUUUCAGUGAACAAGUUCAAUCUUCAGACAGUUCAAUUCCUGCACCUGUGGCUAACUUCAAACUGAGGGAGGAUCAUAUAUCCGUAAGCUCAAUAAAAGCUCCAAGGUCAUUUUUCUCAUUAUCAACAUUCCGGAGCAAGGGAAACGACUCGAGGCCUAAAUAACACUCUUGAGGAUUUCUCCAUUGAUGGGGGCAUGGAGGAUUCUAAAUGUGAGAUUAUGAGAGUUACAAUUUUGUAUGUCAAGGAUGGCUGCCUUCUUCUUGGGGAUCUUAUUUCUUGUUUUCCUGUCGGAAAGCAUGUGUAUAUCGUGUUGAGUGAACAGUUCCAAUGGGCAGAACAGCAACGUGAUUUUGGUAGUUAAAAAGCAUUCUUUCUGCAGUUGCUGUCUGCUCUUAACUUGUGCAAUAUACACACCAGAAUCAAAUGUCAACAUCACACAGGAGAGUUAAUCUGAUUAUGCAGUGUAAUAGAUGGUUAUUUGUGUGAUCGCAUCUCCCCCUUGCUUGGCGGAACUGAGAUUCAUUAAGUGAAUCAAAGGUAUCGUGCAACCCUAUUCGUUAAUUUACUGUAUGGACGAAGUGAACCAUUGCCCUAGCACUAACAGGGAUAAAUGUGUAUUCGAGAUUAGUCUCAACCAACCAUUUACAAGUACAUCGAUGGAUACAAGACUCCUAUUUUUUA